GCAUCUCUUUCCCGCGCUGGGAGGCCUCAUCUUGGGCCCCGGAAGCGGAAGCUCUUUCCUUUCUUGUUUCUGCUCCCUUAGAGACACACAGCGAACAUGGCUCCACGUAAAGGAAAGGAGAAGAAGGAGGAGCAGGUGAUCAGCCUGGGUCCUCAGGUGGCCGAAGGAGAGAACGUGUUCGGAGUCUGCCACAUAUUCGCCUCCUUCAACGACACCUUCGUGCACGUCACUGACCUCUCCGGGAAGGAGACAAUCUGCCGCGUGACCGGUGGGAUGAAGGUGAAGGCGGACAGAGACGAGUCUUCACCGUACGCCGCCAUGCUGGCCGCUCAGGACGUCGCUCAGCGCUGCAAAGAGUUAGGAAUCACCGCCCUGCACAUCAAGCUGAGAGCCACGGGGGGGAACAGGACGAAGACCCCCGGUCCCGGAGCUCAGUCUGCUCUCAGAGCUCUUGCCCGAUCCGGCAUGAAGAUCGGCCGUAUCGAGGAUGUGACCCCCAUCCCGUCGGACUCGACCCGGAGGAAGGGAGGACGCCGCGGCCGGCGUCUGUAAACUGCUCUGUGACAAUAAAUGGUUAACAGCA